GCCCACCCGAGGCCGGUGUCGCCCGGCCCCCGCCGACCUCGGACCGGACCCCCGGCGCCCAGCCUCCUCCCCGCCCCCUUCCCCCGGGACGGGUGCCCGACACCAACUUCUGCUCGCGAACUCCGUCCUGCCCCUUUCUUGGCCCAGGGCGACCUCGGCAGCCCUGACAGCGACAGGCCCGCCGCCGCAGUGCCCAGAAAGGCCCCCGGGUGGCCCGGCGCCUCCCCGGCUCUUUCUGGAUGGAGGCGCCUCAGGAAGGAGCCGGCUGACGCUUCGGCCUUGGCUGCCCAGCCCCUGCUGACCAUGAACACACCUCCCCUAGUGCAGAGGCCGCGGUGAGGGGCAGGAAAUGCUGCGCCAGCACAGCUGGCUCCCCGGGGUCUUGGUCUGAGCGCCAGGAUGGAGCUGGGGCCAGCGACUGAGACCUUCGUGCUGGAGCUUCGGUGUCUUGAAGAUGGGGGCCCGGGGCCUGGCGCCCUCUCAGGUGGCAGCGGUGGGAGUGAGAGUCAGGAAGAAGAAGAGGCUCCGGAGAACGGCAGCCCACCGCGGCCAACAAGCUCAGCCCCGGCGGGGGCCAGUGAAAUGGCUGAGGAAGCACAGCAGGGGCAGCCGGAGUUGCAACCACAACAGUCACAACAGCAACCAGCGCUGCAACAACAGCCACGGCAGGAGCGGCGACCACAAAGCCGAUCCCCAGGACCGCAGCAACAGCGGCAAGCUGGCCGAGAAUGGCUGCCUCGACAAGAGAAGCACCUGCAGGAAAACCCCCAACCUGUGCCACCUCAGCAGCUGAAACCACAGCUGCCGCCGAUGCCGCCGCAGGAACAAUCAGAGGAGCAGCAAGUGCCAGAGCAACACCUGUUGCAGCCACAGCAGAAACCGUUACCACAGCACCAACAGUUACAGAAGCAGCAGCCGCAGAAGCAGUUAAGGCAGCAGGAACCGUGGCAGCAGGAGCAGCAGCAGCAGGGACAGUCAGGGCAGCAGCAGGAGGAGGAACAAUUCCAGCAACAGCAGCAGCAGCAGCAGCAGCAGCAGCAGCAGCAGCAGGAACUGUUACAACAGCAGCACCUGCAGCAGCAACAGUUACAGCAGCAGCAGAAGCAGCAACAGUUACAGCAGCAGCCGCAACAGGAACAGCUACAACAGCAGCAGCAGCCCCCUCUGCUGGAGCCAGACGAGGAGGAAGAGGUAGAGCUGGAGCUCAUGCCAGUUGACCUGGGGUCGGAUCAGGAACUGGAGAGGCAGCGGCAGGAGCUGGAGAGACAACAGGAACAGCGGCAGCUGCAGCUCAAACUGCAGGAGCAGCUGCAGCAGCUGGAGCAGCAGCUGGAGCAGCAGCAGCAGCAGCUGGAGCAGCAGCAGGAGGUGCGGCUGGAGCUGACCCCGGUGGAGCUGGGAGCCCAGCAGCAGGAGGUGCGGCUGGAGCUGACCCCCGUGCAGCCGGAGCUGCAGCUGGAGCUGGUGCCCGCCGCAGGGGGCGGCGGGGCUUCGGCCCCGGGGGCUCCAGCCGCCGUCGUGGUGGCCCCCCCGGGCUACGUGGUGCUGCAGGAGCUCAUGGUGCUGCCGGCCGUGGCCGCGCCGGCGGUGGUGGCCAUCCCGGGCCCCGCGGGCAGCGCCGCCCUGACCCCGGCCAGGCAGCGGCGGCGGCGGCGCGCCCGGGACCGGCCGACCAUCUGCGGGGAGUGCGGCAAGGGCUUCAGCCGCAGCACGGACCUGGUGCGGCACCAGGCCACGCACACGGGCGAGCGGCCGCACCGCUGCGGCGAGUGCGGGAAGGGCUUCUCGCAGCACUCCAACCUGGUGACGCACCAGCGCAUCCACACGGGCGAGAAGCCCUACGCCUGCUCCUACUGCGCCAAGCGCUUCAGCGAGAGCUCGGCGCUCGUGCAGCACCAGCGCACGCACACGGGCGAGCGGCCCUACGCCUGCGGCGACUGCGGCAAGCGCUUCAGCGUCUCGUCCAACCUGCUGCGCCACCGGCGCACGCACUCGGGCGAGCGGCCCUACGUCUGCGAGGACUGCGGCGAGCGCUUCCGGCACAAGGUGCAGAUCCGCCGCCACGAGCGCCAGCUGCACGGCGCCGGUCGAUCGCGGGGCCUGGGCCUGCUCCGCAGCACGCGCGCGGCCACCGGCGGCCCCGCGCGCCCCGAGCAGGCGGCGGGGGCCGCGGACAAGGCGCCGUGACCGUGGGCGGCGGGGAGGGGGUGGGUGACGGAGGGCGGGGGGGGGGGGGGAGCCGGGGUCGGUGAGGGCGCAGGUUCCUCCCGCCCUGUCCCGUGGUGUGCGCGCACCUCCUGGAAGCCGGCUGCGGAAGGGCUCCCGGCUCUGUCCCUGGUUAGCUGAGGGUAGGCCACGGUUACGCACGGACCCUCGGAAAGGCUCCUAGAGAAAAGCCACUGGGGCCAAAGGGCACAGGUGUGGCACACCAGGACAGACAGCACGCCGCACAAAUUCGUUGUUGGGUACCGGUCCGUGAGGAGUCCGCUAGAGCCCUUCCCCCAGAAAACUGGACUUUCUUGAAGUGACAGCCACAGGAAAAAAAAAAAAAAAAACUGCCAGUGACACGUGUGACAGUUGGUGACAUUUGACACGCAUCGAACACUAACCCGGGAGUCGGAUACCUGUGGCGAAACGCACACGAAUAGGAUUUGAUCCUGGUGAAAAUGACUUCGAGGAAAAGAAAUGGGGGAGAAAGGAAAGUUAUCUGCACUUUGUAGAAAACCGUCAAGGCGUUAGAUUGUCCUCAAUGGCGUCUGCCUUGAAAGUACUUUCUAGAAUGAAAAUUCAUCAGGGUGGAUGUAAUCCUGAUUAAAAUGUUUGUGUUCAUAAGCACAGGGUCAGAGUGUCCACUGGGUUAGUGCACAAAUGCCAGGAGGCCCGUCUCUGGGCGGAAGGUAAAACCUCCCUCCAGGUUAACCCAGGGUUCCAGCGAGCGGCAGCCCUCCAUGCUGCCAAGUCCCCAUGCCCACGGUGGCCUGUCAGUGACCUCUUGAAUAGGAGCCCGCGGCUGAAGCAGAGGGCAUUCUGGGAAUGCUCUCCAAGGUCCAGGGGAGUGUUCCCCUUGGGGAAAGAGCUCCAAGGUAGCCCCACCCUGACCUCCCUGGGAUCCAGCUGCUUUAGGCCUCUCAGAUGCUGGCCCAGGGACUGAGGCUAUGGGGUUGGGGCCCUGAGACCCAGGGGCAGGGUUUUCCUGGGCCCGGCUAUGCAGGGGGCUGGCUCGAGAAGACCCUGCCUCGUGGCUGCAGUGGUGGGGAUGGCUGGGGGGGUGGGGGGCAGGGGGAGUCAGAGGGAGAAGUUGGGGGACGAAGUUUGGAAGCAACAGAAGUGCUCUCUACAACGUUUACAAAACCAUCUGGGGGUCUGUAAGAGCAUCGGCGAUGCCCACGCCUGCGGGAAGGCGGACGGUGGCGGCGCCCCGCCCCUUCUGCCCCCGAGUGCUUCCCGCUCUUGGCCACCACCUUCCCCACCCCCCACCCCCACCCCCCACCCCUACCCCCGUGUGCAGCUGCUUAGAUCCCGCACCUCUCUUUGCUCCCUGCUUCUCCUUUACUAACACAGCCUGCUACAUUUUACGAAUGUGUUGGUAAGUGAGAAACAAAAAUUGAAAAAUAAAUUAAAAUGAAGAAAUGCA